UGUCUCUUUCUCUCUCCCCCCAUCCCAACCUUUUUCUGCUUUUUCCAUGGCUAUGCUACGCACUACGCACUCUCUUCCAGUCUUCCUUCUCUUCUUCUUCCUAAUUUUUCUUUCUAUGACUCAGCCUCGGUUUCAGUUCCUGCGUCUUCUUCUAAUCCUAGAUCUCUAAUGUUCUAGUUUGGUCACAACAAAAAAUAAAACGAUUCACUCACCUAGUCACCUGUAGUUAUAGUACCCUUAACAAGCAUUGUGCUUCUUAGAUGUUAGAUCCUACCCAAAACGCUGCCGUUUUGUUGCGGAGCCUGCAUUUCUUUAUAAACGCUUCAUUUUAAGUCUUACAAGCCUGCAUUUCUCCAUGUUUUUCUUUUCUUGAUUUUAUUUUUCAGUUGUGGAAAAUUUCUCAGAAGCGCUGUUUAUAAAUGGAGGAGCCUUCAGAGCAUCAAGGCGAAGUCGUAAAGCCAGAAAAUCCCCAAACUGCUGAAAGAAAGGCCUCUUUGGAAGCAGGGAAACGAGCUUCUUCGAAAACUGCCGCGAACACUGGCGGUUCAGUUCCCGCAAGAAAGAGAGUAACGGAACCUCGAAAUGGUUCGGGUUCAGGUUUAGGUUCGGGUUCUUCGGCUUUGGCGGCUAAGAGAUCAAGUUCAUCCACCGGUUCUGUUUCUUCGGUUUCCGUGCCAAGGCGAAACAGCACCGGUGGAUUGCCGAAGAAGCCGUCUAUCUCUGAUGAAAAACGGAAAGCCGGUGCGGAUUCUGCUGCAGGCGUCAAGGGCAGCACCGAAAUGACGCGGAAGUCAUUGCCGGAGCUCCGGCGAAGUUCUGUUACUUCUUCACCUCGCGCUGGAGUUGCGGCGAAGCCUGCACUGGGAUCACCGGUUGGACUAGGUUUGAGGACUUCAGUGAGUAAGGCGGAUGUUGUCAAGAAGCCGUUGAGUAGGCCGGCAUUGUCGGUUUCUUCGUCGACGAGUGUUCGUUCUUUGGUGGAUAGUACUGCCAGCAGCGGCCAUGGUGGUUCUUCUAGGAGGAUGGUUUUGCAGGCUUCAUCACCAUCAGUGGUGCGGUCGCCUUCGGUUUCCAGCGGGUCAAGAGCAGGGUCUCUAUCUUCAUCGGCCACCUCAAUUGAUAGGAGUUCUAGCCUGUCUGGGAGGAAAGUAGGCACGCCUGAUACCCGGGAUUCACGAUUUAUUGUUCUUCCACAGGUUGAUAAUAAGGCCAAUGAUGAUGUGAGGUUGGAUCUUAGGGGACACAGAGUUCGCAGUCUGAAUGCCAGUGGAUUAAACUUGUCCUCAAACUUAGAGUUUGUUUAUCUUCGUGACAAUCUCCUUUCUACAUUGGACGGAGUUGAAAUAUUGACGAGAGUGAAGGUUCUUGAUUUGAGUUUUAAUGACUUUAGAGGGCCUGGAUUUGAGCCUCUUGAGAAUUGCAAAGUACUGCAGCAACUUUAUCUUGCUGGAAAUCAAAUUACAUCAUUGGCAAGUCUCCCGCAACUUCCUAACUUGGAGUUCCUCUCAGUAGCUCAAAAUAAAUUGAAAUCUCUCACUAUGGCAAGUCAACCUCGACUGCAGGUCUUAGCUGCCAGCAAAAACAGAAUUUCCACUCUUAAGGGUUUCCCAUAUUUACCUGUUCUUGAGCAUUUGCGUGUGGAGGAGAAUCCUAUACUUAAGAUGCCUCAUUUAGAAGCUGCUUCGAUAUUGCUAGUUGGGCCCACUUUGAAAAAAUAUAACGAUAGAGAUCUUUCUCGUGAGGAAAUGGCAUUAGCCAAACGAUAUCCUGCACAAACAGCAUUUUGUAUCAGAGAUGGUUGGGAGUUUGGUCGCCCUGAGCAAGCUGCAGAGUCAACUUUCCGUUUUCUAGCAGAGAAAUGGAAAGAUCAUAUCCCUCCUGGGUUCCUCCUCAAAGAAGCCUCCAUUGAUAAACCGUCGGAAGAAGAUGUGUGUCACUGUCAUUUCACGGUUAUUCCUGAUGGUGCAGUGAGUGUGGACUCUCCAUUAGUCUUAAAAUAUCAAUGGUUUUCUGGUGACAAAACACUUUCAAAUUUUGUUUCUAUUCCAGAUGCUACUGGUGAGAUUUACUGGCCAAAGCAUGAUGACAUUGGUAAAAUUCUGAAAGUGGAAUGCACUCCCUGUUUAGGCGAGACAGAGUAUCCUUCUAUAUUUGCCGUCUCUCCUCCAGUUUCACGAGGAAGUGGAAUUCCAAAGGUUGUAACACUUGAAGUUCAUGGAGAACUAGUAGAGGGAAGUAUCAUCAAGGGCUAUGCGAAGGUUGCAUGGUGUGGUGGGACUCCAGGAAAAGGUGUUGCUAGUUGGCUGCGGAGGAAAUGGAACAGCAGUCCUGUAGUCAUUGCUGGGGCAGAAGAUGAAGAGUAUCAGCUUACCUUAGAUGACGUUGAUUCAAGUUUGGUUUUCAUGUACACACCAGUAACAGAGGAAGGUGCUAAAGGAGAGCCUCAAUAUAAAUAUACAGAUUUUAUAAAAGCCGCUCCUCCUUCAGUUAGUAAUGUUAGAAUAGUUGGAGAUGUUGUUGAAGGAAAUACCAUUAAAGGAGUUGGUGAUUAUUUUGGAGGGAGGGAGGGUCCCAGCAAGUUUGAAUGGUUACGGGAGAACAAGAGUGCAGGUGACUUUUUGUUAGUGUCAGCUGGUACUUCUGAAUAUACCUUGGCCAAAGAGGAUGUUGGUCAAUGUUUGGCUUUUGUAUACAUACCGAUUAAUUUUGAAGGUCAGGAAGGAAAAUCUUUGUCAGCAAGGUCGCCUGUUGUCAAACAAGCACCACCAAAAGUAACCAAUGUCAAAAUAAUUGGUGACCUACGAGAGAAUAGCAAGGUAACUGCAACUGGUAUUGUUACUGGAGGAACUGAAGGAUCUAGCAGAGUUCAGUGGUUUAAGACAUAUUCUUCAACUUUGGAUGAAAACAGUCUUGAGGCCUUAAGUUCUUCCAAAAUAGCAAAGGCAUUCCGCAUACCACUUGGAGCUGUUGGCUGUUACAUUGUUGCAAAAUAUACACCAAUGACUCCUGAUGGUGAUUAUGGUGAACCAGCAUUUGUAAUAUCUGAUAGAGCAGUUGAGACUCUACCUCCAAGCUUGAAUUUCUUGUCUAUUAUUGGAGAUUAUAGUGAAGGUGGAAUAUUGACAGCUUCAUAUGGAUAUGUUGGAGGUCAUGAAGGGAAAAGUAUAUAUAAUUGGUAUCUUCAUGAGGUUGAAGGUGAUGUGGGUUCGUCGAUACCAGGUGUUACAGGUUUGCAGUAUUGUAUUACUAAAGAAGCAAUUGGAAAAUUCAUUUCAUUCCAGUGUACUCCAGUUCGUGAUGAUGGUGUUGUGGGUGACCUACGAAUUUGCAUGGGACAGGAGCGUAUUCGCCCUGGAAGCCCAAGACUACUUUCUUUAUGCAUAAUUGGAAAUGCUGUUGAAGGAACAAUGCUAAACGUUGAAAAGAAGUAUUGGGGUGGUGAAGAGGGUGAUUCAACAUACCGCUGGUUUAGGACCAGCUCUGAUGGCACACAAAGUGAAAUAAUGGGUGCCACCAUGGAAUCAUAUACACCCUCACUUUACGACAUUGGCUUCUUUAUUUCUGUUUCAUGUGAGCCUGUCCGCUGCGAUUGGGCACGCGGUCCCAUGGUUGUUUCUGAACAAAUUGGGCCAAUAAUACCUGGUAUUCCAAAAUGUCAUUCUCUGGAAUUCCUUGGAUCAUUUAUGGAAGGGAAGUGCUUGAAAUUUAAUGCGGUUUAUAGUGGAGGGGAGAGAGGAGAAUGCACUAAUGAGUGGUUUAGGGUGAAAGAGAAUGGUCUACGUGAGAAAAUUAAUUGCUGUGCAGAUUUUUUGGAUUUGACACUUGAGGACAUUGGUGUGUGCAUUGAAUUAUUAUACAACCCUGUGCGAAAAGAUGGAAUCAAAGGGAGCCCAAAGCGCAUAGUGUCUGAUGUAAUUUCUCCUGCUGAUCCUAUGGGUAUCGAACUCAUAGUUCCCAACUGCUGUGAAGGCACAGAGCUUGUCCCGAUUAAAAAGUAUUUUGGUGGACAUGAAGGAGCUGGGGAAUACAUUUGGUAUCGGACAAAAAAUAAGCUUGAAGGAUCUGCCCUACUGGAUAUAUCAAAUGCUUCUGAUGUCGUAAUAUGCGGGAGAGACCUAACAUAUACGCCAUCACUUAUAGAUGUUGAAUCUUACCUGGCCUUGUAUUGGGUGCCUACUCGUGCUGACGGCAAAUGUGGAGAGCCCUUGAUUUCAUUGUGCAGUUCUCCAGUUUCUCCAGCUCCUCCCAUAGUUUCUAAUGUCCGGCUGAUAGAGUUAUCUUCGGGAAUUUAUUCUGGGGAUGGUGUAUAUUUUGGUGGAUAUGAAGGAGAAAGCCUCUUUAGCUGGUAUAGAGAAAAUAAUGAAGGAACCAUCGAACUAAUUGAAGGGGCAAAUUCUAAAACUUACAAAGUUACUGAUUCAGAUUACAAUUGUCGUAUAUUGUUUGGAUACACGCCAGUUCGCUCUGAUUUGGUUGUGGGAGAACUCAGGUUAUCGGACCCAACUGACAUUGUACUCCCAGAGUUGCCAUAUGUGGAGAUGCUUGCUCUCACUGGAAAGGCAGUUGAAGGUGAUGUACUUACAGCAGUGGAAGUGAUUCCAAACAGUGAGGCUCAGCAACAUGUUUGGAACAAGUACAAAAAAGAGAUAAGAUACCAAUGGUUUUGUUCAUCAGAAGUGGGAGACUAUGAUCCAUUACCCAAUCAAUGUUCUUGCUCAUAUAAGGUGCGACUAGAGGACAUUGGUCGUCGGUUGAAAUGUGAAUGUGUCGUAACUGAUGUAUUUGGAAGAACAGGUGAUGUGGUGUACAUUGAGACCACCCCUGUAUUACCAGGGAUUCCUAGAAUCCAAAAGUUGGAGAUUGAGGGAAGGGGAUUUCAUACCAAUCUCUAUGCUGUUCGAGGCAUUUAUAAUGGUGGGAAGGAAGGAAAAAGUAGAAUUCAGUGGCUUAGAUCAAUGGUUGGAAGUCCUGAUCUAAUCUCCAUACCUGGUGAAACAAGCAGAAUGUAUGAAGCUAAUGUUGAUGAUGUUGGCUAUAGGUUAGUGGCUAUUUAUACUCCUGUAAGAGAGGAUGGAGUAGAGGGACAAUCAAUUUCUGUAUCCACCGAGCCAAUCGCUGUUGAGCCUGAUGUUAUUAGAGAAGUGAAGCAGAAUCUUGAUCUUGGAUCAGUCAAGUUUGAGGUUUUGUGUGACAAGGAUCAGAAUUCGAAAAAGAUAUCAACAGUAGGCACUUACGAGAGGCGAAUCCUUGAAGUAAAUAAAAAAAGAGUCAAGGUGGUAAAGCCUGCCACAAAAACGUCUUUUCCAACUACCGAAAUCCGCGGGAGUUACGCCCCUCCUUUUCAUGUGGAGCUUUUCAGGAAUGAUCAACACCGCCUAAAGAUAGUAGUUGACAGUGAGAACGAAGCAGACUUGAUGGUGCACUCCAGACACAUUCGGGAUGUCAUUGUUCUUGUUGUUCGAGGAUUUGCUCAGCGAUUCAAUAGUACUUCCCUCAAUUCUCUUCUCAAGAUAGAGACAUAAAAUUCUUUCUUGCACAUUGUAUAGUCAAAUUUAUUUCAUGUUUUGCAAAUCAUGGGUCCGAGCAUUAUGUUGAAAUAACCGUUAUUGAAGCAAUAAACAUUGGAUUGCAUGCAAUUGUGUAUUGUAUUUAAGGAUUUCACAUUCCAGAAAAGAGCAGAGUUUAAAACAAUUGUGGCUUUGCAAAUCCAGGGUUCUUAUACUUGUCUA